AUGCAACGUACCCUUGUCAGGAGGCUCCGUGGAUUCUUCAACGGGCUGUGUAGGUGGACGAAUCAGAAGAGAGCAAUUCCACUUGCAGAGCGCAGAGCCGAAAGAGUGAGAGAUAGAGAGCUAGAGACACCACACACCCGUUCCACUGCUGUUUCUGCCUCCUCGCCGCAAGCCAGCUCUUCUAACCGUGACCGGGAAAAGGCAACGAGAAAGAACGAGGACGGGAUACUGGCGAUGAAGUUCCAAUUGGUAGCUGCGAUCUCUGCGGUGUUGUGCGCGUUGACGGCAGCCGCCCCACGAGCGGAUCCUAAAGAAUGUGAAGUUUGCGUUAACGUGCUCGAACAGAUCAGCGAGUCGAUGCCCGCGGCAGAUCGCAAAAACAAGGAUAAGAUCGAAGCGGCCAUCGAUGCUUUCUGCGACCAACGGCUCUCGUCACGGGACGACAAGAUGUGCUACUAUUUCUUGCCGAUCAAGAAGACGAUUUCACACCCAUUCUCCACGGGUAUGCCUAAGUCGAAGGUCUGCCAGCGUCUCAAGGCAUCCAACGCGGAAGUCUGCGAGAUCAAAUACCCGAUCAAAGUCGACAAGGAGAACAUGGACUACAACAAGCUGCGAGUCAAGCAACUCAAGGGGAUCCUGGCAGACCGGGGGGUGGACUGCGAUGGGUGCCUGGAGAAGUCGGACUACGUCGCGCGCUGCAAGGCCACCGAGCACCUUGAGCUCUAGAUUCGUUCGUUGUGUUGUCCUUUAACGCGUGUGUAUGAGUUCGGUCAUAGUUUUCCAUUGCAGCAGGGGGUAGCGGUUGGUGGUAGGUGUCCUUGGUUUGCGUCGGGAACCACUGUGAGGUGAAUGGAAAGAGUCGUCCAAUCUUUUGUUCGUGGCCGCCUGCCUCCUUCGUCAGUGGAAUGUACGAGUGAAGGCUGGCUUGACCCGCCCACACUUUGAACCACGCACACCAGUUUUGAUUUUGGUUCCCGCAUGAGGGCAACCGGCGUGUGGGGUGUGAGUUCCACUCCCCCCGCAACCGUUCGCGGCCUGAAACGAUUGUCUCCGCGCGAAGGCAAGCGGGAUGCGUACGUCCGCGUGAACCUAGCCUGUGCGCUCGGGCACUGAAGAUGGUGCCACUGGACCUUUGUUCUUGUGUGAGGAGAGCUCCAAACUUGUACGGCGCAGCGAUUUGACCUUUAGCCGCCCCCGCGGGCACCAACGGUGCACGUUUUUUGGGGUGGGCGAACUCUCUGCAGGCGCGAUUAGAUGCUUCGCGUCCAGGCAUAGUUUCGGUGAGAGUGGGCUUAAACAAUGGACGGGGAACGAGAUCGUUAAUAUUCCUCCAAACAAAAAAAAGUGUCGUUUGUUCCCACCAUACGGCGGGUGGCGGGUGCGCUACGGUG